AAACCACCCUCGAUCAGGCGGUCAGGCUGUAUGUUGUAGUCCUCCACUAUAGGUCUCAGCAAAACAUCGAGGUGGGAUUUUCUUACUUACUCUAUCGGAUGAAAGCCGUUAACCACUAGAUACACAAGUCGGCGUGUACCAUGGUGUGAGGGAGUGUUUGGAACCGACGUCACGUUGAUAUAAAAACGUCUUGGUUAUCGCACAAGGACACAAUCAGCACGGGAUUUGUAUUGGUGAUACAAAACAAUUGAGUUUGUUUCGUGUGGGAAGGAGGAUUCACAUCCGGAGAUUUCUUGUUCGGCUUUAUCGGAACAACAACAACAACAACAACAACAACAACAACAACAAAAUCAACCAACAGUCAUGAAAUUCUAUAACUUGUGUUUUUGUGUCGCAGUUGUGUCAUUGUGUUUAGUAGCCCACAGCUCCACGUCCGACGCGAAUGGAACGAUUUCUAACUCGACCAUGGACUCGGAAGAGAAGUCGGACGAUGAUGAUGUUGUUGUAGAGGCUGGGGAAGUGGUGACAGACACUGGGGACCUGACCCCCGAGGACGUGAGUGAACUGACCCCCGAGGACGAGGACAUGGAGACGUUGAAGAUCGAGGAGCUGGGAGGACUGAUUGAUGCCAAGGACAUGGUGGACGAUGAGGAGCAGACGAUAGAGGACAUGGAGGUCGAGGACAUUCCAGAGGACAAGCAGGACCUCAGGUUCGAGCCCAUUCCAAUGCCUACGGACUUUGAUAGCUAUGACCGGAACGGGGAUGGAUUUAUAGACAUUACGGAACUGAUUGAAGUGACGGGGGCGUUUGAGAACGUAGCGCAAGCAUUCAAGGCCUGUGAUAGUGAUGGUAAUGAGCGAAUCGACCGGACUGAGUUCAGGGACGCGCCGUGGGACUUGUCGGGGAAACCACCGGAAGUUGUGAUCGAAGACAUCAACUGACCUUGACAUUGUGUACUUUCGUCAGAUAAGGAUCACGUGACGAUCUCAGUGAGCGACACAAUAUGUGGGCGGGAAUUGCGACGACAUUGCACGUGCACACGUGCUCUGGAGAGUGUGUCAUGAGUGUAUUGUGGACUAUUUAAAGAUUGAGUUUUUUACGUUCAUAAACUGUUUGAUGCAGACAUUUUGCACAACAAACCCCGCAAUAAGAAACACAGACGCAGCACAGUUGUAAAGACAGUGUUUGACUGUGGAGGGGCCUGUUUGAUCGCUGUACAUACACGUCAAACCUCGGAUCUAAACUAGGCUGUGUCAAACAUUUCGUGAUAGCCUGUUUUCGUCUGUGCCUGCUUUUUUGGUUUUAAUUCGUCACGUAACACUGAUAGAUCGCAACGGGUCUAUUUUCAAAUGGGUUGCAUGCUCAUAUUGUCUUUUAUUCAAGAACAUAAAUGUUUGUCAAUAUCGGCGUGUUUGAACAUGUAGAGUCAAAGAAAGGGUAAUUUUAUCUGAUUCGAAAUUAAAUUAACUACCAAACUAAGUUACAUAACCAUCAAUGACCCAGUUGCCUCUUUCAAUUUGAAAUGCACCAGCGUGACGAUUGACGUCAGCGCAACAAUAGAAAACUGUGAGCAGGCCACGUGUCUCUGACUGACGAUAGCGGCGGUGUGGAGAUAGUUAGGCCGUCUGUAUGUUUUGUGUUCUCCCCGUCUACACCACUCCGUUAUAACCGUCCCUCUCAACGAUAACGAAGUUUUUUUCCCCACUCAAUCGUUCGCCUGAGUUGAGAGUAUCCUAUCUGUUUCAGAAAAAGGUCUUUGCUGUAUUUUCUUCUAUCUUUUAAAUUCUCAACACCGAUAGACCGGCAACGGUGACCGCAAGGGUAAUUCCUGUUUCUCUGAAAAUGUCGCAACGAAUCACAGGCACAACCGUCAGUUUAAUGAAACUGCGUGUUACACAGAAUCUGUUGUCUUAGUAUAUACAGUGAAAUCUCGUUUGUCCGGACCCCGCUAUUCUGAACUCUCGUUUGUCCGGACCCCCGUUAUUCUGACCAAUCGCAAUCCGGACGAUUGAAGUUGGCAACGUGACUAUACAACACAGGGGCGUCAUUACGUAUACCCAGGACACAUCACAUGUACUUUGACCGGUUGCUUUGAAAGUAAAACCCUGUCAAUCCGGACGGUGCGUAAUUAUUGAAACCGUCCGGAUUAACAAGUGUCCGGAUUAAGGUCACUCAGUAAGGUCAUACACCCGGGGGGCGUGGUUUCCGGACUAACAGGGUGUCGUCAUGGUGAUAUGAAGAUGUAGAUGGAGUACAUAAGGUAGCUUGAUCCUGAUAAUGGCGUUAUGUAUCUAUGUAACUGUAUCGUCUACAGGUUUGGGCGAACUAUUUCUGAAGCUGCUGAUAUAAAGGUAAUUUAAUUUCUAUUUUGACCUAAUCAUAACAACGUAAUCUGAGGAAGACUUGAAAAUACAUAUAUACUCACAGCCCAGGGUCGGUGGGUAAGCAGACAUUAACAGCUGAUUGGUAGUUUCGUCGGAGCGGUGGGGUAGUCCAACGGUUAAAGCAUUAGCUCGUCACGCCGAAUCCCCGGUUUUGGUUCCAGCAUGGGUACAAUAGUGUCCCCAGACUGUCACGUGACUGGCAUAAUGCUAAAAGUAACGCAACACCUCUGUAACUGAGCUCCAUGUUUUGACAAGAUCGUCUUUGUUUGUCAUACAUUGUUUUUCCUUCACAUUUUAUACGAGUACAUGGCGAACUAUUGAAGGUCAAACCUCGGGACAUUCAAGUCAUUCAUUGUUUCCCGCUCGUUCAAAUUUUGUUGUAUAUCGAUCAAACAGUUAUCGAUUGCCCAAAUUACACACAACCAUGGUGCAUACUUGUUUCUUAAAAAGGUACAUAUUUCAUAUUAAUUUCUUGAUGGUAAUGCGCUAAAUAAACAAUGGAUGACACAUGUACACCUUUAUGAAAAAAACAGCUUUAAAUGGACAAUAAACAUUAAAUUAAGUUAUGUGGCAAUACACUUGCGAUAGAGUACUGUUGAUAAUACUCACCUCCAAAAGAAACGCGAAUACCAUACAUGGUUGAUAUUUGAAGACUUUCCAAUAUUCAAGAGAUAUUAUGGUUCGAUGCACAAACAAACAUACUGGUAUAUUCUGUGAACCGACGCUCCUGAAGGCGUCACGUGUGACGUCAUAGAUCCAUGCCUCGAGAUGCACCAUUUGUCUCGUUCAGAAUUAGCGUGUACAGUUUGGAAAUCACAGCAUAUAGUAAUAAAAAAUAAGGUUUUGGUUUGUUGUUUAACGCCGCACUCAGCAAUAUUCCAGCUACAUGACGAUCGAAUCUGGACCAGACAAUCCAGUGAGUGACAUCAUGAGCAUCGAUCCAAGCAACUGGGAUCGCUGAGGACACUCUGUCGUAACACUUGACUGAUUAUUACUUUUGUCGUUAAAAGAUUGGUACACGUUGGAAACACCUCUUCUUAACGUACAUACUUCUCUAUAUGUUUCUAUGGUUCGCAUUUCUUUCGGCGGUGAGUAUAGUAUAAAAUGUUAUUUGCAAGUGGUAUCCAUGUUUGUAAGUAAUUAAGAUAUCUAGAAGGUACAUCUGACUACAUCAAGACAGGGGCGCCAUGGAACAGUCUCUCUUGAAGGUGUGAGGCCUGUAGUGUUAAAAGGAAUAAACAUGAUUUGUAGUAAUCUUCCUUGUUU